GGCCACUCUCAGGGACCUUUCCUGGUCAGCGCCCCGCUCUCCACCAUCAUCAACUGGGAACGGGAGUUCGAGCUGUGGGGCCCAGAUAUGUACGUGGUCACCUACACGGGGGACAAGGAUAGCCGGGCCGUGAUCCGCGAGAACGAGUUCUCCUUCGAAAACAACGCCAUCCGCGGGGGGAAGAAGGUCUUCAAGAUGAAGAAAGAGGCCCAGAUUAAAUUCCACGUCCUGCUGACCUCCUACGAGUUGGUGACGAUAGACCAGGCCAUUCUGGGCUCCAUCGAGUGGGCCUGCCUGGUGGUCGAUGAGGCGCACAGACUGAAGAACAACCAGAGCAAG